AUGUCGCUGGCAGUUUUGCUCAACAAGGAAGAUAGGGACAUAUCUGAUUUUUCAAAGACCACAGCAGACAAGUCUGGGAGAAAUAAUAGCAAUGAGAAGGCUACCGAGUUGGGCCCUAGCAAAGUGCUGGAUAAGAGGCAAGCGUAUUUGUCUCAACUGAACAGUCAGUUCGAGUAUAUCAAGAGAAGGGACUCGAUAGAGCAACUCUAUCAGGACUGGAAGUUCAUUAAUCUACAAGAAUUCGAGUUGAUAUCAGAAUGGAAUCAGCAGUCCAAGGACUGGCAGUUUGAUAACACUAAUGAUUCUCACGAUUUGCAUUUCAAGAAGCUGUACCGUGAUAUGAGCGUGAUCAGUAAAGAAUGGACGGAGUACCAAUCUUUCAAAAAUACAAAUUUAUCGGACAUAAUUAAUGAAAAGGAUGGUGAUGAAGAUGAAGAAGAAGAAGAAGACGAUGAGCUGGAAUACGGUGAAGAGAUCAUGGAAGAAGAUGAAGGAAGUACUAGUAAACACGUUAAUGGCAAAAGCGUGCGUGGAAAUAGUGUUCAAAAAUCGAGAAAAAAAGAUUCUACUGUAGCCGUGGGGAAGGCUGUAAAGGAUGAACAACAAAAUGAUGGUGAUACGGUUGUAAGUGUCGAUGGAGACGAGAACGAAGAUGACAAUAACGAUGAAGGCAAUGGCAAUGAAAAUGAAAACAACAAUGGCAACGACAACGACGAUGACAUUGAUAAUGAGGAUGAGGAAGAAAAAGAGGACGAUGACGAAGAGGAAGACGAAAUGGAAGAUCUUGACGAAGAGGAUUUUGCAGCUUUUGAAGAACAGGACGACAACGACGAUGAGGAUUUCAAUCCUGACGUUGAAAAGAGGAGAAAAAGAUCCUCGUCCUCUUCGUCAUCUACCAAAUUAUCCAUGAACUCGCUCUCUCUAAUAACAUCCAAAAAGAUAAAUAAAAAUAUCACUAUCAAUAGUGAGAGACCGAAGAUUGUACGGGAACUUAUCAAGAUGUGCAAUAAGAACAAGCAUCAAAAGAUCAAGAAAAGAAGGUUCACUAAUUGCAUUGUCACUGACUACAAUCCAAUCGACUCGAAGUUAAACAUCAAAAUCACUUUGAAGCAGUAUCACGUUAAAAGGUUAAAGAAGUUAAUUAACGAUGCCAAGAGAGAAAGAGAAAGAGAAGAGGCUUUAAAAAACAAUAUUGACUUGGAUGGUAACGAUUUGGAUAAUGACGAAGAUGGACCAGAAUCCCAUAAGAGAAGGAAAUUGAACAGCAAUAUCACUAAUGGCACCGACGAUCCUAAUAAAAGGAAGUUCAACACUAGACACGGGUUACCCACUUACGGUAUGAAAAUGAACGCCAAGGAAGCUCGGGCCAUCCAGAGGCAUUAUGACAACACUUACACUACUAUAUGGAAGGAUAUGGCUCGUAAGGAUUCUACAAAAAUGUCGAGAUUAGUUCAACAAAUACAAUCAAUCCGAGCAACAAAUUUUAGGAAAACAUCUUCACUUUGUGCCAGAGAAGCGAAGAAAUGGCAAUCCAAGAAUUUUAAGCAAAUAAAGGAUUUCCAAACGAGGGCUAGGAGGGGUAUCAGAGAAAUGUCUAAUUUCUGGAAAAAGAAUGAACGUGAAGAAAGAGACUUAAAGAAAAAGAUAGAAAAGGAGGCUAUGGAGCAGGCAAAGAAGGAAGAAGAGGAGAAGGAAUCGAAGAGGCAAGCUAAGAAGUUGAAUUUUUUGCUAACCCAGACGGAGUUGUAUUCGCAUUUCAUUGGAAGGAAAAUUAAAACAAACGAAUUGGAAGGGAACAAUCUUGUUAACAACGAUUCUGAAAGCCAAAAGAAUAUCGAUAUUUCAGCUCUGGCUCCUAAUAAAAACGAUUUUCACACUAUUGACUUUGACAAUGAAAAUGACGAACAACUGAGACAAAGAGCUGCAGAGAAUGCUUCCAAUGCAUUGGCAGAGACAAGGGCUAAAGCCAAACAAUUCGAUGAUCAUGCUAACGCACAUGGAGAAGAUGAGGAGGAUGAGUUGAAUUUCCAAAAUCCAACUUCCUUAGGUGAAAUAACUAUUGAGCAGCCUAAAAUUUUAGCUUGUACUUUAAAGGAAUAUCAGCUGAAGGGUUUAAAUUGGUUAGCUAAUCUUUACGACCAAGGUAUCAAUGGUAUUUUGGCAGACGAAAUGGGGUUGGGUAAAACCGUACAAUCUAUCUCUGUUCUGGCUCAUUUGGCUGAGAACCAUAAUAUUUGGGGACCCUUUCUUGUCGUCACGCCUGCUUCGACUCUACAUAACUGGGUGAACGAAAUAUCCAAAUUUCUACCCGAUUUCAAAAUUCUACCAUAUUGGGGGAACGCCAAUGACCGUAAAGUUUUGAGGAAGUUUUGGGAUAGGAAAAAUUUGAGGUAUAGUAAGAAUGCUCCAUUCCAUGUUAUGGUGACAUCCUACCAAAUGGUCGUCACUGAUGCGAAUUAUCUGCAAAAAAUGAAAUGGCAAUAUAUGAUACUGGAUGAGGCCCAAGCCAUCAAAUCUUCACAGUCAUCCAGGUGGAAGAACUUAUUGAGUUUUCAUUGUCGUAAUAGACUAUUAUUAACAGGUACUCCUAUACAAAACAGUAUGCAGGAAUUAUGGGCAUUGUUACAUUUUAUCAUGCCCUCCCUGUUCGAUUCUCACGAUGAAUUCAAUGAAUGGUUCUCUAAGGAUAUUGAAUCUCAUGCAGAAGCAAAUACCAAAUUAAACCAACAACAAUUACGUCGUUUGCAUAUGAUUUUAAAACCAUUCAUGUUAAGGCGUGUGAAAAAGAACGUCCAAUCCGAAUUAGGUGAUAAAAUUGAAAUUGACGUUUUAUGUGAUUUAACACAAAGGCAGGCUAAAUUGUAUCAGGUAUUAAAAUCUCAAAUAUCCACUAAUUAUGACGCUAUUGAAAAUGCUGCUACCAAUGAUUCUACUUCUAACUCUGGUUCAAGUUCCGGUUCUGAUCAGAACUUAAUUAACGCAGUUAUGCAAUUCAGAAAGGUUUGUAACCAUCCGGAUCUUUUUGAAAGAGCAGAUGUGGAUUCUCCGUUUUCCUUCACCACAUUUGGUAAGACUACUUCGAUGCUAACUGCAUCGGUUGCGAACAACAACAGUGCUGUAACCAACAGCAAUAUGAAUCUCUCUAGCAUGGGCAGCAGUAAUAUUUCGAAUGGGAAAUUUAUAGAUCUGAUUUACUCUUCAAGAAACCCAAUAAAAUACAAUCUGCCAAAAUUAAUUUAUGAGGAUUUGCUCUUACCGAACUAUAACAAUAAUGUGGAUAUAGCCCAGAAGUUGAAGAAUGUGAAAUUCAAUAUUUUUAACCCAUCAACUAACUACGAAUUGUGUUCAUUUUUAUCUAAGUUAACCGGAGAAACCUCACUCAAUGAAUUUUUCAGAGUAUCCAAUAUGCCCCUACUUAAGCAAGUAAUAGAAUAUGAAGACCGUCCACAUAAUAUCAAUAGUUUGAUUUUCAGAAACGCAAAUCAAGAGAUACUCGAAGUUUCCAAAAAUACAGCUUCUAGGGGUGUAAUGGCAUCAUUAUUGAACGUAAAAGAACUAGCCUACGAAGAUGAGUAUCUGAAUUGCAUACAACGUGGUUAUCAUCCUAAUGUUUCGGCCCCCCCGGUUACCAUUGAAGUUCUUGGUUCUAGUCAUAUUUCCAAUAGCAUAGAUAACGAACUAUUUGAUCCAGUUGUAACUCAAGCAUUAUCCGAUAUUCCGGCAAUAACGCAAUAUAACAUGCAUGUCAACAAGAAGAUCUCGGUUCAAGAUUUCCCAAAAACAGGGCUAUUCCCUGAACCAUUAAAUAAAAAUUUCUCAUCCAAUAUAUCUAUGCCAUCCAUGGAUAGGUUUAUUACUGAAUCAGCCAAACUAAGAAAAUUGGAUGAAUUAUUAGUGAAGUUGAAAUCAGAAGGUCACAGAGUCCUGAUAUAUUUCCAAAUGACCAAAAUGAUGGAUUUGAUGGAAGAAUACUUGACGUAUAGACAAUACAAUCAUAUUAGAUUAGAUGGUUCGUCAAAGUUGGAAGAUCGUCGUGAUUUGGUCCAUGAUUGGCAAACUAAUCCGGAGAUCUUUGUUUUUCUUUUAAGUACAAGGGCAGGUGGUCUGGGUAUUAACUUAACCGCCGCAGAUACUGUAAUAUUCUAUGACUCAGAUUGGAACCCUACUAUUGACUCACAGGCUAUGGAUAGGGCACAUAGAUUGGGUCAAACUAGACAAGUUACAGUAUAUAGACUGCUUGUCCGUGGUACUAUAGAAGAAAGAAUGAGGGAUAGAGCAAAGCAAAAGGAGCAAGUUCAACAGGUUGUCAUGGAAGGUAAGACUCAAGAAAAGAAUAUUAAAACUAUUGAAGUGGGUGAAAAUGAUUCCGAAGUCACUCCUGAAAAUGGUAAAAACAUGAUUCGAGAUGGGAUUAAAGAGACGGCAAGCGCACUAGCAUGA